CUCAGUCAGAACUGAAGAGUCAGGCUGUGUCGACACGUGUGCGGAAGGCUCGCGAUGAAACCAGCGCUCAGUUCCUGCUUUUCCCUCCUAACUUGUGUACUGGCGUGCUGGGCUCUCAAUGGCACUGAGGAGAGCCUCUGCACGAAAGAGGCGUUAUGCGCAAGAGGCCUUGCAAUUCCGAUCGACGACCAGCUCCGCCAGGUGGCCGUGUGGACAGGAAACGGCAGCAGAUUGGAAAUUAACGGCCCAGGUGUGGAUCUCUUGACGAGCUCAGAAGGGAAAUGGCUUAACUUCACUGCAAUUCAGAAUGGUUCUGGGUACUGCGUUUCCUCCGAGGCAUUAGCGAAGGACUCUUGCGAUGAGGAUUUGAACCAUCUGCAUCUCUGGAGUUCCCGUGAGACCAAGUGGAAUCUAGAGCCUGCUAUCAUGACUUCCGGAUGCAGCCAAUACUACCUGCUUGGUAUCGACUUGGACCUGCACGAUUCGCCCACCAAGCUGCUCUGGCGGCCGGGCAAACGCGCCAUGAGCCUGCACUUGAAUUUAUGGGAAUCCAGACCUUUAAAAGUCUUCAGGAAAGCAGAUUCACAGCUUCAGUAUGACAUGACAAUUCGGCGUGCAUCUGGUGAUGCCCCCUGUGUUGUAACGAGUGCCACCCUCGAUGUGGCCCACAUUUGCCAGAUUAAUCAAAGAGAAAUAUAUGGAAUUACCAUUACAAGCUUAGACGACGACGGCAAACUGACUCCAAGCUACUUUUCCUUUGACUGUGAGGAUGACGCAGAUCAAGAUUCUGACUCCGAUAUGGACUUAGAAGUGUCAUUGGUCCUACUGAAUGUUAUCAUCUUAACUUUCCUACUUGGGACCGUCUUCAUUUAGGAAGCCAAGUCAUCAAGUUCCAUUGGAAAAUCAAGUCAUCAAGUUCCUUUGGGAAAUCAAGCCAUCAAGUUCCUUUGGAAAAUCAAGCCAUCAAGUUCCUUUGGAAA